CCAACUCCGCCUCCUGGAAGCGCCGGGCCCCUUGCAAGGCGGGGCCCGGGGCGGUCUUGUGGGUGUGACGUCGCUGCGCUCGACGCUCAGUGUUGCCGGGCGGCGAUGGCGGCUUCCCUGGAGUCCUCCGGGGAGGAGCAACUGCGGAACUUCGUGCGAGCUUUGGAGAAGCGAGAUGGCACGGUGUUACGACUACAGCAGUACGGCUCCGGCGGCGUGGGUUGCGUUGUUUGGGACGCUGCUAUCGUCCUUUCUAAAUACCUGGAAACGCCCGGGUUUUCCGGCGAUGGGGCCCACGCGCUGAGCCGGCGGUCGGUCCUGGAGCUGGGCUCUGGCACCGGGGCCGUGGGGCUCAUGGCUGCUACCCUCGGGGCAGAUGUCAUAGUCACCGACCUAGAGGAAUUGCAAGACUUGCUGAAGAUGAAUAUUAAUAUGAACAAGCAUCUUGUCACUGGUUCUGUUCAAGCCAAGGUACUGAAAUGGGGGGAAGAAAUAGAAGACUUUCCUUCUCCUCCAGACUACAUCCUGAUGGCCGACUGCAUAUACUAUGAAGAGUCUUUGGAGCCACUGUUGAAAACCCUAAAAGAUCUCAGUGGAUCUGAGACUUGUAUUAUAUGUUGUUAUGAACAACGAACAAUGGGAAAAAAUCCAGAAAUCGAGAAAAAAUAUUUUGAGCUUCUUCAACUAGACUUUGAGUUUGAAAAAGUUCCUUUGGAAAAACAUGAUGAAGAAUAUCGAAGUGAAGAUAUUCACAUUUUAUACAUCAGAAAGAAAAAUUCGAAAUUUCCGUCGUGAAAUCUAGUCAUCUUACCCAAGCCUCUAACAACGUGGGUAAGCUAACAUUGUGAAUGGAGCAUGUGAAUACAGCAUGGGAAGAUUGUGUUCACAGAUUUUCCCAGCAUGUCCUUAGGGAUCCGAUAUAUAGACAACCACCACGGGCUACCUGCAGUACG